UUUUAAAGGUCUGGGGAAGUGACUUUGGGCUUGUUGUGUCUCCUCGGCCCCACGCUGCGCUGUUUUCAGAACGGGGCGGGGUGCAGCUGAGCGCGGCGCAGAGCGCAUAGCGCACCGUCACCAGCUCCUCUCCCUGCACGGUCCGACCGUCUAACACGACAACAUGGGCUUCGAGAAGGAGAAAUCGGACACAAGUAUAAUUAUGGACGAAGAUGAGUUCAACAGAUCGAUUGAGCCCAUUCUGUCGAAAAAGGGGAAGGUGUAUACGGCGGAGCCGGACCGAGACCCGAACGACAUCAAUGCGUAUUUGAAGGUGGGUUUUGAGGAUGUCAUCGCGGAGCCCAUUUCCACGCACAGCUUCGACAGAGUGUGGAUAGGAAGCCACGCCGCCUUUGAGCUGAUCAAAUUCAUCUUUUACCGGCUGCUGACCACGCUGCUGGCUGUACCCAUGGCUUUCAUCCUCGGAGUAGUCUUCGGUGUGCUCAGCUGCAUUCACAUCUGGUUGGUGAUGCCAGUGAUCCAGACCUACAUGAUGCUCUUACCUUCAUUCCAAGUAGUGUGGAGAAGUGUGAUGGACAUGUUCGUGAUGCCGCUCUUCCACAGCAUGGGAAAGUGUCUGUCCUCCAUUCAGGUUCAAACUAUAGAAGACUGACACAGACGCCUCUCUGUCCCAGAGGAGAAAAGAAAUGUCAAAUCAAAAGGAGUGAACGAUGCUAGUGGAAUACAUGAGCUCUACUACAGUAAAAUAUUAAAUUAGUAAUAGCUAUAGCUAUAUAUAUAUAUAUAAAAUAUAACUGCCGCCGUAAAGGCUGAGUUUGUCAAACAUUCUUCAUACACAUCAAUGCAGACCAUAUGUACUGAGUCAUUUGAAACAGAAAGUAGGAAUCCAGGUUCAAACUUGAUUGAAAUGUUUUUUUUUAAACUUUUAACCAAGAAAGUUUCUUUGAAGUGGAGUUGUACUUAUCUGUAGUCUUCUCCAGUCCGGAGAAGCGUCUCCACUGAUGUUGUGGGCGCAGUCAGCAGCAAAACAUAUUUUAGUUUCCUGAAACCAGACGACCCAAAAAGCAAAAUCCAUAUCAAUUCAAAUGUAUACUACAUAGUUUUGUUGCCUUUCAUAGCCACUUUGCUUUUCUGACACCAUUGCAUUGAUCUACUAUAUUCAGUAAAACCACCUGACUCAUGGUAACCUUGCAUGAGACAGGUCCAGGUCUACAGCUUCCUUGAUAGGUUAGUUUGUUUUGUUAUUGUGUGUGACUUUGUUAUGUUGACAGGUGACUUCAUAUCUAAGGUGUGAAAAUAUCAACUUCACACACAGACCAGCAACUCCCCUCCUUCCCAAUGACAUUGACUUUUAUUUCUGAAAUUGCCAUCUGGUGGCUGUGAAGAACGCAGUAUACUGUCUUCAGUUCCCUGUUGGUACAGACUGCCAGACUGUAAGAUAAAGAGGCGAUGAUAUUCUAAGAAUAGCGUACACUUAUACUGAUAUUGAUUGUCUUAUGAGGCCAAAAUAUGUUUGGCUGCUGACCACGUCCAUGACAGUUCAUUGCUUAGCUUCCAUGCCAUUUCUCCUUUCUGCCUCUCAGUACGAAUGCCAAAUACCUACUACUGUAUUUAAAUGUUACACUGAGUACCUCUUAUGACAACAUUUCUAAGAGACCAAUCUAUACCUUUAAGUUAAACUGCAAAAAAUCAUUCCACUGUACUUUAAUAUGCAGUAAGAGAGGACCAGAUUUGUAUUAAAUGACCUGCAAAGCAUUGAUAGAUUCUGCAGAGCUCAUGUGCACCACCGCUCAAAAUCGAGUUGUUUUUGCUGAUUGUGACCAAAAAAAAUUCUUGUCAUUCCAUUGCUAUCCGUUGUGGCUGAGAAAGAGAUGUGAGAUCAGUUGUUGUUUAACAAUUGGCUGAUAUACCUAGAGAUGUAACUUUGCUACUGCUUUUUUAUACAGUACAUUUAUGUAUAUAUUGCAAGUCAUUCAGCUAGAGGUUGAAUGUAAUGAACUGAAUCAGAGUAGAUAAUCUGCUAGAGAGUAUUUUAUUUGCAUAUUAAAUGCUACGAUGCAGCCCGUUGCACAUUUGCAGGCUUAGUUUUACUGUAUCCACUGUGUUGAUCUCACAGUGCUGCAUCAA